AUGGGAGUUCCAGAACUACCAUUCGAAAUACUCAUUAACAUUGCUGAUAAUCUAUGGAAAACGGACAUCAUGUCUUGCGCUCUGAUUUACAACUGUAGCCAAUUGCCAAAACUUAUCGACAGUAUUAAAAACUCCCAAAAUAUAUCUACAUCACAUCACCUCAUGGUUCAAAGUUUAUGCUUAAGUAUGCAUUGCCAUUGGUCAAAGAUACCGAAUAUCCAAUAUUCAGAUUUAUUCAGAUACCUGCCAAACUUGAAGCGCCUUGAUCUAGAGGGUAUCAAGUAUGAUGAUAUUCAAGCAGAUAUCACAGUAUCAGAUAAAAUAUGGAAGUCACUGGAAAUCUUGAAUAUGACUUACGGCGGCAGUGAUGAAAUACAACCAGAGAGAGACCUUAUGGUUGAGGACUUUGACGACAUACACCAAAACUUGCAAAACCUAUCGUCUAUCACAGCUGAAAUAUAUAUUUAUUCCGAAUUUCCGGAUGCGCUGGACACAGUCCCAAAUACAAUACCGGCUUAUUCUGUGACAUCCCUGGAUAUAAAUUCGAAAAUAUACGAUGACGGACACGAAGAAGGGGAGGAAAAGGAUUACGAAAGUGAAAACAUAAAUAUUAAUCAUUGGAAUUCCUGGUGGCUGUACUAUUUUGGAUACAAAUAUCCCAACUUGCGUUCUCUAAAGCUAAAUGUCACAGAUAUGUUAGAUGAUGCGCUCUAUCCAGAGGAGAGGAAAAUAGUCUUAUCUCUUUUUCACUCUAAUCAAAACGCAUUUCGACACCUGGAAACCUUCGAUCUCAAGACCACCAGAUAUUUCGACUUUUCUGACUUAAUUCUGUGGGAAUUGCUUUGUAAAUUAAGAGUUCCACUUAAGCAUUUGUCGUUAGAUACAACAUAUAGGGGCAAAAUAGACUAUUCAUACCCAAUGGAUGUUGGCAGAAUCUUAGAAUCCUUUUCUGGAACACUCAAGAGCCUUUCACUUACAGGGUUUACAUAUAACCAGAAAAACGAAUAUACGAUUCAAGAAAUGUCCUCUUGCUGCCCGUUUUUGACGAAUCUAUACAUCAGUGAUAGCAGUUUCUGCCUUAAUUUAGAUGAUCUACUGGACAAGUGUUCCGCCCUCGAACAAAUGGAAUUCUCUGGUGCAAAAUUGUUUCUUAGUCAAAGCCGAAUAGCCGAGGAGUCAGAGCAGCAGCAGCAGCAGCAACAUGGAUUGCGGAUAUUGACAUUAAAUAAAUGCUCUGUAGCGGCUGGAGUAUUCAAUUAUGUCUCUCUCAGGUGUAGAAGCUUGGAGCAAAUGACUUUGUAUACUCUGCGCAUCAUUGGAUCGAUUUGUGAAAAAACCGGGUGUUUGUUAUUCGAUAUGUCACAUAUUUUCUUAAAGACUCUGAACAUCGGCCAGUCUCUUGUAGAAGCAAGCCACAACACUUGUUGGUUCUACACAUAUUGGGAUUUUGGGUAUAAUGGUCUAUCCCGCACAGAUACUGCAAUACUUACAAAGAAAGGAGUCGAUAUCGCACUUGAAUACUACCAAAACUUUCAGUCAAGCAAAGCACGCUCAACUUUAAGCCAUGAUACCUUCUAUAAUGUAAACUAUCCAGGGAGCGGCUGGAAAUACAGACUUUAUAAAGGAUACGUCGAAUGGAGAUUCGAACUGCCAUAUGAAGUUCUUACGCAAAUCGGGGAUAACCUAUCAACAACGGACAGGCUGUCUUGUGCUCUUACGUGCAAGGGAUGGAGAUACCCGUUUCAAGAUGCUCUGUGGAGAAACAUGCCGAUUUAUACCUAUCGACGCUUGAAAAAAAUUAUUGAGACUAUCAUAGCCUCCCAAGAUGUAUCUACACCAUGCUCUCUUUUCGUUAAAAGUUUACGCACAUGUACUUCUAGCUAUCGGUCAGAAUUUCCAGAUAUAGAGUUUUCUGAAUUAUUCAAAUACCUGCCAAAUCUGAAGCGCUUGGAUUUAGGCAAUAGAAACUACAGAGAAAUUUACACGGAAAUAACAAGAUCAGACAAAGUAUGGAAGACUCUAGAAAGUUUGAAAGUAAAAUACAGUGCAGAUACAGAAAUGCUACCAGAAAAAACCAUAUUUGAAUUUAUAAAUGCGUGCAGCAUGCUCCAGAAAUUGGAGAUACAUGAGCGUGGGCUGGGUUUUUACAUGGAGCUUAGUGUGGAUGACUUUGACAACAUGCACCUAAACUUGCAAAACCUAUCGUCAAUUAAGGCUGAAAUAUAUCUUAGCUGUGACUUUUUGUAUACACUGGACACAAUUCCAAAUACGACGCCUGCGUUUGCUGUCACGGCCCUAGAUAUAAAUUCGAAACAAUACGAAAACCACGAUGGUGAAUUUAGUAGAAAUUGGAAUGAAUGGAAUCCUUUGUGGCUGUACUAUUUUGGAUACAAGUAUCCGAACUUGCGAUCUCUAAGGCUAGAGGCUACGAGCAUAUGUGGUGACGAGAUAGAUUUGGACCAGAGGCAAACAAUUAUAUCUCUUUUCCAGUCCAAUCCAAACGCAUUUCAACACCUGAAAACAUUUAGCUUCACAUGCGACAGCUAUUUUAGGAUUGCCGACUUUGUUUUAUGGGAACUAUUUUGUGCAUUAAAAGUUCCUCUUAAAAGCUUGACGUUGGAUGCAACAUAUAACAAUGAAGUAGACGACUCAAAUCCAAUGGAUAUCAACAGAAUUCUAGAAUCAUUUUCUGAAACACUCAAGAGUCUCUCGCUUACAGGGUUUACAUAUAACGAGAAGGACCGAUAUUCGAUUCUCGAGCUAUCCUCUUACUAUCCGCUUUUGACAAAUCUUUGCAUCAGUAGCGAAGAACUCUCUCUUAACCUGGGUAAUCUGUUUGACAGAUGUGUGGCCCUCAAGCAACUGAAAUUCUGUGGUGGAGAUUUGGUCCUUAAUCAAAAAACGACAAUCGAGGAGUCAGCGCAGCAGAAACAGGAACAGUAUUAUCAGCAUGGACUGCAGAUUUUAAUUUUACAUAAAUGCUCUCUAGCUGCUGAAGUAUUUAAUUACCUCUCUUUCAGGUGUCAAAGCUUGAAGCAUAUGACUUUGGACACUGUUCUAGUCAAAGGAUCCCUUUGUGAGAAAACCGGGUGUUUGCUACUCGACAUGUCACAUACUUUCUUGAAAACCCUGAAAAUCGGUCAGCUUCAAUACAGCGUAUCAAACCAAGAAAUGUAUGCCGAUUAUAUUUGUUUGACACUCCUGUCUCAACUAAACGACACUCCGUUAUCAAAGGGAAAAAGCGGAAAAGAUAAAGCAAGAAUUGGUUCAAAAUACCCAACGGUAGAACAUCAUGAUAUUAUGUGGCUCUUCACAUAUUCGUACCGUACAGCUUUUCAGAAAUCCGCCCUAGAAACUAAAGAACUUUUAGAGGAUGAAGUCGAUAUUGCACUUGAAUACUAUCAAGACUUUCAGUUAAAUAAGAUCAUCUCGACUUUAAUGGAUAAAAAUUCGCGUGUUAGAGAGCAACAACUUAAAUAUAGGACAUAUGAACUUCACAAAGGAUAUGGCAAAUGGAAUUUUGGAAAUAUUGAAUCUGGUCCUUUCAUAUGUGGACCAGACGAUAUCUAGUUUUAAGAAAUAUGCUGUAUAAUAAACUUUUUUUUUCG